AUGGAAAUCAAUACACGAAUGCAAACUAAGGAACUUUUGGUUGAGAGCUCGCAUAACUCAGCCUACUUGGAUUUUGGGAACCCUUUAAAAGUUUGUGGUGACUGCCACGAUGUAAUUGCAAUUGUUUUGCACAAUAUGCAAAGUGCAGCACAAAGUUUGCAGCCAGAACCAACUGGCAAUUUAGCAACCGAUGUUGUUGCUGUCGGAACAGUAAUA